AUUACACACUGUUGUAUUGAAGUGAACGGUUGUUCUUUAAAAUAUGAUUAAAUUAAUAGUGUUUUUAUUCUCUUUCUGCGGUGUCUAUGGAUAUUUCACUCUUCCUGGGAAAUGUCCAACCAAUGUGGCUGCGAAAGACGACUUCAGGCUUGAAGAUUUCUACGGGAAAUGGUAUCAAGCCUACUUCUACUCCAGCGAUGGGCAGCGCAAGAACAACUGCUCCGUGAUCGAACUGGGAAUCGAACCAUUUGACAGCUACAAGAGUGGAGCGUCACCAAUCCACCUGAACCAGUCGCGAGUGGAUAGGGGUCUAUUCCAUAGAUAUAGUAUCGCAACAGUUCGCCCACCAGCAUCGGGAAGUGUGUCUGGGUCUUUAGAAUUGGAGUAUACAUUUAAGAAUGCUCCAAGGAGAUUAAUGACAAGGAACUAUAAAUUGGAAAUUCUAGCUACAAACUACAAUUUCUACGCGACUGCCUACACUUGCCAGUACAGUCCUUUGAUCGAUAAACAUUACAUCUACGUUUGGAUCCUAUCACGGAAAACUUCUCUAAAUGACGUCUCUAAGGAACUGGCCUUGAAGUCAUUGAAAAACAUCGGCAUCAACGAAGAAAAGCUGGUAAAAGAUGAUCAGACCAAAUGCAGCCCCAAGUACUACGAAGAUACUCCGACUGAACCUACCACUUUUAGAUAUUCUAUUCCCAUAUAAUUUUAUGGCACUGUGAACUUUCAUGAAUAAAAUUAUCUGACCUA